AUGGGACAAAAAAUAAAUCCACUUGGUUUCAGACUUGGUACAACCCAAAGUCAUUAUUCCCUUUGGUUUUCACAACCAAAAAACUACUCAGAGGGUCUACAAGAAGAUCAAAAAAUAAGGGAUUGUAUCAAAAAUUAUAUACAAAAAAAUACAAAAACAUCCUCAGGUGUCGAAGGAAUUGCACGUAUCGAAAUUCAAAAAAGAAUCGAUUUGAUACAGGUGAUAAUUCAUAUGGGAUUCCCGAAGUUAUUAAUAGAAAAUAGACCAAAAGGGGUUGAAGACUUAAAAAUAAAUGUCCAAAAAGAAUUGAAUUGUGUGAACCGAAAACUGAACAUUGCUAUUACAAGAAUUGCAAAGCCUUAUGGAGACCCUAAUAUUCUUGCCGAAUUUAUAGCCGGACAACUAAAGAGUAGGGUAUCAUUUCGAAAAGCAAUGAAAAAAGCUAUCGAAUUAACUGAACAAGCUGAUACAAAAGGAAUUCAAAUACAAAUUGCAGGCCGUAUCGAUGGAAAAGAAAUUGCACGUAUCGAAUGGAUAAGAGAGGGUAGGGUUCCCCUACAAACCAUUCAUGCGAAAAUUGAUUAUUGUGCCUAUACCGUUCGAACUAUCUAUGGGGUAUUGGGUAUCAAAAUUUGGAUAUUUAUAGACGAAGAAUAAAAAACCUUUAGUUGACUUGUCUUUCUGUUUCGAUGGAACGAUGGAACAAAAAAAUGGCAACCCUUUUUGAUUCUUUUUUCCAUCCAAUCAAUUCUAAUUUUUAAUCCCAUAAGGUUUAAUAAAAAUAAAAUUUACCUUUUGAUAUAAUUGCUAUGCUUAGUGUGUGACUCGUUGGUUUUUGUUAAAAUUAAGACUAAAAAAAGAAAGUUAAAGUUAUAGUACCAAGUAUGAACUAAAAAUUAUAGAACUAAUAACCAACUCAUCGCAUCACAUUAUCUGGAUCCAAAGAAACAGUCAAGAUAUACUAUUUUAGUCCUAUCAUUGUAGCAACUGAAUUUUUUUGACAUAAACAAUUCAUUAGAUUUACUGUCAAAGAAAAUUAAAAUACAAAAAAGAAAAAAGGAUACCGGUAAAUGGAAAGAUGAGAGAAAGAAAAAAAUGAAUCUAAUAUAAAAGAUAUAUAAUUCCAAUAUGUAAGGUCUUUGAACAUCUCAUAAAAGAAAAUGUAAUUAAAGCAUCAAUACAGAUUCAAACAAAAUUAUAUGAUAUGAAUCUGUUCUAUAGAACAAAAAAAUAAGAGCUUAGAGCCAAUAACGACUAAGGGGGUUGGUGGAAAAACAAAAGCUCCAUUGUAGAAUUCAGACCUAACCAUUAAUCAAGAAGCGAUGGGAACGACGGAACCCAUGAAUACAUAAGAUUCACUUGAAAAUGAAUUCUGAUAAUUCAUUGGAAAGGAUGGCGGAACGAACCAGAGGACAAUUCAUAUAUUCUGAAAAAUUAUAAGCUAACUCUACACUCGAAAUAGCUAUUGAAAGAGUAAAUAUUCGCCCACGAAAAUUCUUUUUUUUUUUUUUCAUUCUCAUAUUCAAUUGUUAAAAUACAAGGAAUUCAAUAAAAAAAAAAAGAA